AAAGAGACCCGUGUGACGUCACUUCCGCCAUAAUAAAACAAAUGGUUAGCUUAAAAUGCUCUGACCAUCUGAGUUUUUGGAGCGAAAAACAGCGCUUUAUAAUAAAACAAAAAGCAUUUUCCAUCCGGGAGCGGGCCGUGUGCCUCCAGGGCAAUGGUGGCUGGUUCGAUGGAGCCAGCAGUGAUGUCUGGCCCAAGCCAAGUGGCCGACGUGGUCUUUGUGAUCGAGGGAACGGCAAAUCUUGGCCCGUACUUUGAGUCGCUCAUGAAAAACUACAUCCUCCCAGCCAUCGAGUAUUUUAAUGGUGGACCUCCUGCAGAAACAGAUUUUGGUGGAGAUUACGGUGGGACGCAGUACGGCCUGGUGGUCUUUAACACCGUGGACUGUGCUCCAGAGUCGUAUGUGCAGUGUCACGCCCCGACCAGCUCCGCCUUUGAGUUUGUCUCAUGGAUCAACAGCAUCCAGUUUAUGGGAGGAGGAGCAGAGAGCUGUAGUCUGAUCGCAGAGGGACUGUCUGUGGCUCUGCAGCUGUUUGACGACUUUAAGAAGAUGAGAGAACAAAUAGGUCAGACUCACAAAGUGUGUGUGCUUCUGUGUAACUCUCCUCCAUAUCUGCUCCCGGCCGUGGAGAGCGUCAGUUACACUGGACACGCUGCGGACAGCCUCGUCAAGAUCAUUCGAGAUAAAGGGAUCCAUUUCUCUGUGGUGGCUCCCAGGAAGCUGCCGGCUCUGAGGGCCCUGUUUGAUCGGGCGUCUCCAGUGGGGGGCGCAGUGGAGCCUCUUCAGGACUACAGCCAGGAGGUCUUUCACAUGGUGCUGGUCAGAGGCAUCUCACUGCCAGUGUCCUCUGUGGGAUCAGGAGGCCAUAAACCAGUGCUUCCUCCACAGUCACUGCCCCCAAUUACAGCAGCCUCUCAGGCCCCUGCGCACAUGGGCCCCAGCCAGAACUAUCAGAAUGCUCACAUGGUCGCACAGAAGGUGAUGGAAGUUGCAACCAACCAGAAAGCACGUUUUCAGGUCUCUCCGUUUGUGAACCAGCCCAGCAUGACGAGUGUGAAGCUAAACCAGCCCAGUAUCUCCACGGUAACCACAGGCCCCUCCUCCAUGAUGUCACAGGCCCAGGUACCUCCAAACCAGCAGCCGCAGAUCCCGCCCCCCGGACAGUCUGUGUCCAAUCAGCAGCAAGUUCCUCAGCAACAACAGCAGCAAGCGCCAAACCAAGCUGCCACCGCCACGGGACAGCCCAAUAUGCCUGGAGUUUCUGGAGCUCAGGGAAACGCCAACCCAAUCGGACAACCCCAAGGCCCCAGCAAAGUGGUGGCCUGGACCGGUGUGCUGGAGUGGCAGGAGAAACCCAAAGCGUCGACCAUGGACCAGAACACAAAACUGACCCGGUCUCUUCCGUGUCAAGUCCACGUCAACCAGGGAGAAAACCUAAACACAGAGCAGUGGCCACAGAAGCUGAUCAUGCAGCUGAUCCCACAGGCUUUACUGACGACUCUGGGCCCUCUGUUCAGAAACUCGAGGAUGGUGCAGUUUCUUUUCACCAACAAAGACAUGGAGUCGCUCAAAGGCCUGUACCGCAUCAUGGGCAAUGGAUUUGCGGGCUGCGUGCACUUCCCCCACACCACGUCGCCCUGUGAGGUCCGGGUCCUGAUGCUGCUGUACUCGUCCAAAAAGAGGAUCUUCAUGGGCCUCAUCCCCAACGAUCAGAGCGGCUUCGUCAACGGCAUCCGCCAAGUCAUCACCAACCACAAGCAGGUCCAGCAGCACCGAGCGCAGCAGAUGGGUGCCGCCGGAGGUCCCAUGCAGCCGGGACAGGUGCCUCAGAGCCAGAACUUCAUGAACAGAGCUCCAGGAUCCGGGAUCCCUGUCUCCCACGGCAACGUCCAGCAACAGUCUGUGGUGGUGGGAAUGCCCAAUGUGAGUCAGGUGGCUCUGAUGGAGGAGCAGCAGAGGCAGAACAACAUGAUGGCAAUGAGAGCGGCGGGCCCAGCCAAUCAGCAGCCUCCGGUCAGUGGAGCCCCGCCCACUCAGGGAGGCCAGGCCCAAUCACAAGGCCAGAUUCUGCGCCUGUCAAACCCGGGAGCCAAUCCACAGCUGCGCAGCCUCCUGCUCAGCCAACAGCAGCCGCAGGCCGGGAUGCCCCACAUGUCCGGAAUGAUGGCCCACCAGGGCAUGGGGCAGCAGCUGGUCCACCCCACACCAGGAGGGGGCGCUCAGAUGCAGGGCCAGUGGAGGCAGCCUUUAGGAGGUCAGAUGAUGAUGUCUGGGCAGAGAGGAGCUGUGCCUCAGCCCGGGAUGCCACAGGUCUCCAGUGUGAUGGAGGACGAGAUUCUUAUGGACUUGAUAUAAACACGGGUAGUUUAUCCGUGGAUCAGAGCCGGAGCAGGGAACGGGAGCAGGAAACGGGAGCAGGGAACGGGACCGGAACACGGAUUCAACCACAAGAUUACGAAAGAUAAAAGUCAACUUAUUUUCUUACGUUUCAACAGGUUUGCUAAAUGAAGUGGUAGAUGUUUUCAUUAAAGGUGUACGCAGUAUAUAACCUUUCUAGUAGAUUCGUUACCUGCUUGUCUCCAUGGAGAUGCUAUCGCUUUUCCUGAAAUGUUUCAUUGUACGGCUUUAAACUGACCUCUAUCUCGCAUUUUGCUCAAUUACCUCAGAAAAACCUGCAUUUUUACAUUGUGCGGUCUCGCUUUUCCACAGAACUUGCUUGUCUCCCCACUAAUUGCUUCGCUCAAAAGUUCCUCUGUACGUCAUUAAAGGUAUCAGGCCAAGUUACAGGUCAGAUCUGUGGAGAGACGAGCCCAAACCGUGCUAAAAAUGCAUGACUAUGAUCGUAUUUGUUAGCGACGAAAACACCAGUACAUGAAUAAAUACAAGACGGAUGAGUUUAAUGCUGCGCUGUGGAACAUUCCAGGCAAAGCAAUAACAUCUCCAUGACAAGCAGGUAGUGGACCUUUUACCAGAAAAGUUACAUAGUCCAGCUUUAAUCAACACAACCCCAGAAUAGAGUCUACUAUUUUGUUUAGAAACUAGCAUAUAAACGUAUUCACAUCAUGUUUUCCGCUCGCUGUUUUGAUAUAAUUGUUGUAAAUACUUUGAAAAUGGUCACUAGUUAUAAUUCCGCUCCUACUUUUUGGACACGUACCUGCUCCCGUUCCACCAUUUUUGGACUUUUUGCCGUUUCUUUCCAAUUUCUUGCUGCUGAAAUGUUGGACAUAAUUAAGAAACAAAUCAUGCGCUAGGCUAGUUCUGCUGGAGUUAAUUGGGAGCAGACUGUCCCCGCGUCCCUGCAAACCGGAUUACUAUGUGACACUUGUGCCGCGACUGUACACGCCCAUCAGCCAAAACAAUACGACCACUUACGCCGCAAUAAUGCAGAUUCUGUACUAUGUAACAAAAAACAUUUAAAGGAGCAAAUUUUAAAGUAUAAAUUACAAAAAGUCAACUACAUUUGUUAAAACGAGUGAAUAAAUGUGUUGUAUUCAUAUGUUUCAGGCAAAUAUUUCCUUCCCGAUUUGCAGGAUUUUGUGAGGACCUUUCCCCGUUCCAAAAAUAUAAGAUAUUGAUUUCGAUUGCGUUAUCGCUAUGACAACAGAGGACCGUCGCCAUGCCGAAUCCUUCAAAUCGGGAAGGAAUCAUUGCGCCUGAAACUUGUGAAAUUCAUACUUUGCAGCUGAUGUCGUCAACAUUCUCUGGGGGUAUGAUGCUAACUGUAGGCACUGCGGUGUCUGAAGGUCUGUUACACAAGUUAGAGUUUAAUCUGAGCUUUGUUUUAACACAGUCUGACCAUGAAGAACCGAUUUAACUGGAACUACAACAGGUGAUUUGUGCUGUCAAACAAGUCUCUAUCACAUAACAUUGCAGUCACAAGCUAGCUAGCAUUAGCAUUAGCAUUAGCCUUAGCCAACAGUUUUCCAGUUAGUCACGCUCACCUUUUUGCUGAAAAUCAAACACAUAAACAUAACGUUGAACACUUGCUAGUUAUUGCUAAUGUGUGCAUCAUAUCACCAUGGUAACUGCUGAACAUUCCACCAUAAACAUACGAGAAGAACACCCCCAGCCUGAUGUCAUCUGAAAUCCAGCAGUAGGUUGUGUUCAUGUUUUGUUUUGUUUUUUUAUAGAAGAUUGAAUUUAUUUAUAUAUCUAGAUUAUUUGACUGUUUUGAAUUGCAUUGCUACUUAUUUCAAGCCAAGUUAUUUGUAAUUUGGUGUGAAAAUCUCAUUCUGUGGCAGAUUUAUUUUAUUUCAAACCAGAUUAUUUUCACUUUUUAUGGGCAUUUUUUAAUUAAUCAGGCAAUUUAAGUAAAGUAAAUCCAACCUAACCAUUUUAAUUUAAUGUAUUCUGAAUGUAAGUAGUGUAUCUCAUGAUUUAAUGAAGGAAUCGUGUUAAAAUGGCGGCUGCCCAAAAGUUACUGAAAAACGGUAAUUUUCAGUCCAUAUUAAACAAGUGGUCAUAUUGUUUUGCUUGAUUGACGUGCCAUAAAGGUUUUAUUGUUUCUAUUUUCUUUAUUUUCUUACAAUAAUGUACAAAUAAAGUCAUGAACCUUG